UUACCUGGUUUAGCAAACAAAGCCCAGAGGACGCCUUGGAGAUGCUCUUCAAGCUUUCUGCCACCUUCGGAAGAACUGUUCUCUCGCCUUUGAGAGCAACAAGUUUCGCUUUUCUGCUCGCGCCUGUGGAGGUGUCGGUGCACGGGGACACUGGAUUCCUGGCAGUACAGCGGCUCCAGCGCGAACUCGCGGGGCCCUGGGAGAGGAGGACCGCGCGGGGCGAGGGGGGCGGGGGAGGCAGGGGUGCGAGGACGCCCAGGCUAGCUGGGCGUUCCAGGUCCCCGACGGAGCUGUCUGCACCCGGACCUUGGUCCCUGUUCACUGACCUUGCGCCAGGAGACCGGGAAGGUCGAGUGCCCGCCCCAAGCUGGCGCGUCAGGAGGGAAUGUGGCCGAGUGAGAAAGAGGCGCGUGGCACCCGCGUACGCUAAGAUGGGCGAGAUGAUGCUCGCCCUCUUCCGCCACCACCAGUGGAGUCGCGCGGUGCUGGUCUACAGCGACGACAAGCUAGAGCGGAACUGCUACUUCACCUUAGAGGGGGUCCAUGAGGUCUUCCAGGAGGAGGGUUUGCACACGUCCGCCUACAAUUUCGAUGAGACCAAAGACUUGGAUCUGGACGACAUCGUGCGCUACAUCCAGGCCAGUGAGCGAGUGGUGAUCAUGUGUGCCAGCAGCGACACCAUCCGCGGCAUCAUGCUGGCAGCGCACAGGCACGGGAUGACCAGUGGGGACUACGCCUUCUUCAACAUCGAGCUCUUCAACAGCUCUUCCUACGGAGAUGGCUCGUGGAAGAGAGGAGACAAAUACGACUUUGAAGCUAAGCAAGCGUACUCAUCCCUCCAAACAAUCACUCUACUGAGGACAGUGAAACCUGAGUUUGAGAAGUUUUCCAUGGAGGUGAAAAGUUCUGUUGAGAAGCAAGGGCUCAAUGAGGAGGAUUACGUUAACAUGUUUGUUGAAGGAUUCCAUGAUGCCAUCCUCCUCUACGUCCUGGCUUUACAUGAAGUGCUCAGAGCUGGUUACAGCAAGAAGGAUGGAGGGAAAAUUAUCCAGCAGACUUGGAACAGAACAUUUGAAGGUAUUGCUGGGCAGGUGUCCAUAGAUGCCAACGGAGACCGGUACGGGGAUUUCUCCGUGAUCGCCAUGACCGACACGGAAGUGGGCACCCAGGAGGUUAUUGGUGAUUACUUUGGAAAAGAGGGUCGUUUUGAAAUGCGGCCGAACAUCAAAUAUCCUUGGGGACCUUUAAAACUGAGAAUAGAUGAAACCAGGAUUGUGGAGCACACAAACAGCUCUCCUUGCAAAUCAUGUGGCCUAGAAGAAUCAGCGGUGACAGGGAUUGUCGUGGGGGCCUUACUAGGAGCUGGCUUGCUAAUGGCCUUCUACUUCUUCAGGAAGAAAUACAGAAUAACCAUUGAGAGGCGAAACCAGCAAGAAGAAAGUCACGUUGGAAAACAUCGGGAGUUACGGGAAGAUUCCAUCAGAUCCCAUUUUUCAGUGGCUUAAAAGGCAGCCUAUUCUUUUGGCUUGAGAUUCUUUGAGGAGAUAGAUGGGAUGAAAGACAUCAAUGGAACAGAAGGGGCGCUCUUGAAGAACUCAUUCUUUUAAGCAGUUAGUCAUUUCGUUGUAAAAUUUCUUCAGAAGCUCAGGAACGAUUGUUACUCGGCAUAUGCCUCCCAGCCUUCAUCUCAUGACAAACAAAUAUAAGACUAUAACUCAUUCUGUUCAAUGUUGAUACUGUUUCAAGGGCAUAUGGUUAGGUUUAUGUCUUGAAAGUCUGGUGUCCCCAGAUCUUGAUGGCUUUGGGAGGUAUUUCACAGAAAGCUAUAAAAUUUUUCCUUAAAUGAAAUGUUUUAUAGCUAGAGUACAAUGAUUUUUACAAGUAGAAUAUUCUUGGACAGAAUUUAACCCCAGGAAGAAGAAAAUAUAAUGAAAAAUCUCAAGGUUGGAAAUACUGCAUUCCUUUCUGCAGCGCUGGUGGAUGGAUCUGAGGUUGAGGACUGCUCUGUCCAGUGUAUACGUUCGGGUCCUGACCUUGUAUCUUGAAAAAGGAUUUCCUCCCUGUCUCCUUCGGCGUCUCAUAAAAGCUACUCUGGAAAGUUGUAACUAUUAAUGCGAUAAGAGGACUUAUACAAGAAAAGCAAAUCAAAAAUGUUUCUUUUUUUUAAAUAUAAAAAGCCCUAUUUCACACUAACAUUUUAUUUUUAAGUAUUUUAAUCUUAUAUUUUGCUAUUAGAAAAUGUGUCUAUUUUUUCAUUUUGGAGAUUAAAUUUCACUUAUAUUUUAAAAGCAUGGGUAAAGUGUACAACAAACCAAUAGUGAUGAAAGAUGCCUCUCUUUUUCUUCCUGCUUUCCUAUUCCCCUUGGCCACAGCCCAAUACUAAUUGCUGCUUUAAUUACAGAGACCUAGAAAUGUAUUAGAUUGUAGACUCUACAGGAAUACAUCAGUUUACCCAUUUUAUAUGCAAGUCAUUUUAGAGAUAGACUUCUUCCAGUUCCGGCCAAACAGCGAGUGUCCAGAUCAAGGAUGAAACAUUAGAAUUAAGUCAGACUUUAUAAAAGGAGGCAGCCCUUUUUUCUUAAGAGGAACUUUAAAGAGAGUUAGACUUUGACAGUAAGCAUAGAAAUAAUCAAUUUAACAAAUGCAUCAUGACAUUUUACCAAAAUUCACAAUGGUGAUUUUGGUUAAAAGAGGGAAUUGAAAUAGCUACUGUAUUCCCUUUCGGGGAACUCUGCAGAGCUUGGCGGUCAUCCACUAAUAACCCGUGUAAUGGGGGGGUAUGGAUAUGCAGAAUUUGGACAGAGUUGAGUAAGUAUUUACUGAAUCUCUACUUUGCACCCAGUACUCUGCACAUAGGUUUAAACGCAGGUUGCCACUCUUCAUUGAUAAUUUGUGGAGAAAGUAGACAGUGAGGGAAGAAUGGGAAGUUGCCAGAUCAGUGGAACAUCUUAUAAUGGUGUCACUGAGAUCUUUCCUCAGUAACAUCUUGAGCAUCUGGAAAAUAGUUUUUAAGGUUAUCUUCAUGUCAGUAAAAGCCCAUUUCUAAGAGGAAAAUUGGGGAAUUCAAGAAACUAGGGGAAUAUAGGAAUUGGAGCAAUUCCUUGGUAGUGAUGGAGGUCGGGGCUGCACAGAUACCGGUGGAGGAGGAGGCAGGGCGAUGAGAGCCGUGUGUCCGGAAAGUUGGCCCGGGCUCGCUUUCCCGGAGGAGCCUGUCUCCUUCACUCCAACCUCAGCCAGUCAAGCUGAAUGGAUUAUUUCUGCGUGAGGCACAUUUCCCCUCUAUUGUUUAAAAAUGGAAUGCAGGCAGCUGGAGAACAUGAUAAAAGAAUGAACUACAAGCCACUGAAAGAGCUAUGUUGUAGUUCUCCACGCAGAGUGCAAAGGAAAAAGUGCUGAAUUCAAAACAGGAUGGAAAAAGAAGGCAAGGAAGGCCAGCUCCAGAAAUUCUGCUCCAGGAAGAGAGUUUGGGAAGUAAAACCAGGCAAGCAAAGCGUGUGACCUCUUGGGACUCCCCAGCUGAGAUCAGAACGAAAGGUUUGCAUCUAUCUACAUUUCAUGAAUUGAGAGCUUGUUUCUCUCUCAUUUUUAUUUUUCAAUGAUGUUUUCCAUAUAAUUUAGAGAUAUUCAUCUUCUAUUAUCUUGUGUUUGUUUAAAAAAAAUUAAAAUUUUGAGCCCAAGUGCUUAUUACAGGGAAAAAACACUCUACCUUGGUUGCAGUCUUUGGGUAUAAAUAUUUCUAACCUUUUUAGAAUUUAUAUAGGGGCUUGUUAGCGUCUUUAAAGUUAGUAUCUUUUAUUUCUACUUAAGGUAGAGGAAUGGUUCUAAACUUAAUAUUCUAUCCCCAGAUAAAAAAUCUUAAAAAUUUUUAGUGAGAAUUUAGUUUUUUAAAAAUGGUAGAGCAAAUCCUGAGGUUUCUGAUACCUGGGUGCUGUGUUCUUCCAAUCUUAAAGCGAUUCUAGGGUUCCUCAGAUUGAUUGCUCAUUUACAUGUCUGUUGUCCAUUCUCUAGUCCCUGAAAUCCUCAUCUGAGUUACCGAAAGUCUAUUGUUUUGAAAACUCCCUUAAGUUGGGAAACCUUUGCUCAAAGUGUAAGUGUUUGGCCCUAGGUUACCCUGAGUUAAGACUUCUGGAGAUUAUAACUCGGAUUUAAGUUCCUAACUGCUAACAUCUUUGAAAACUAGUCAUUUCUCCUUCUCCAGUAGCCUCAUAUCAUACAGUAAAAAAAGUAGGACUUUAGUUCUUAAAACAUUUUAUAAAUUAUUACCCUGAAGUCCAGGCUGUUCAGAUUUCAAAAGGGACACUUUAUCAGUAUUUUGUCAUCUGGCCAAACAUCGGCUGACAUUGAUAGAGGUCAAAAUAGCGUCUACUCUUGGUGUUGAAAAUAAGCAUAUGUUUUAUGGUCAUCAUCAUCUUAGAGUUUUUUCUUUUCCGGACUCAGAAAUAAAAGCUUUCUCCAGAUGAUCACAUCUAUCCAGGAAGGACGUUCUGUAUAGAGUGUAUGUCUUCUCCCAGACUGACCAAGCUUCCACGAGGACGUCCCUGUAAACAUUACAGUUCUCGGAAGCACCAUCCGCAUGUCCUUUCCUGAACCGCAGACGUAGCGUGGUUCUUUACACGUCAGAAGCUGUAUUUCAGUGGAGGGAGGGGGGAAGGGUAUGGAAAGAUAAUGCCUCCUUUUCUCCUCUUCCUUAAAUUCAAAGACUUCUGCUUUGGAAUGUCAGUCACUUCUCCCUGUUCACAGGCUUCUGGGAUCAUUAACUUCCACAAGGCAGCCUUUGUGCCCCUAAUGGACCACUUUCCUCUUCGGGGCCACUGAUUUGGGGCGCAUAAGAUUUGCCAUUGGCCGUGAGAUUAAGGCCAUUGUAUAGACCCCACAUAGACAGAGACAAGUGUUCAGAGAAGGUCCAGUGGUCUCACCACCUUCCUGUGAGUGCGCAUACCAUGGCUGUCUGUGGAAGUCUCUGUAGAAGAGCAAAUGGAAUAGUAUGCCAUGAGUAUUAAAAGAGGGUUUAUAAACUGAAAGGAACGUGUACCUAUGUUUCUUGGGACACAAAACACUCACUUUCUGAGCAGAUGCAGCCAUAAAGCCCAACACCAAGCAAAAUUAGGCCCCCCGGACCUCUGUUUCAUGGGUGUUGUUUAGUUAUGCCCUGGGGUUCAGUGCUUUGUAAGGAAGCUGAAAAUGAGCUGAAUUUCUCCUUUAGUGGGAAAAAGUGAACUGAUUUAAAAACACAGAAUAUGUUUAGAGGCAGUGUGGAAGCAUGGAGAAUGAGAUGGUGCUGUUCAGAGAGGUCUGUUUCCUUUUUAGUUGAUCUUUAGAACUACAGAAUAACCAGUAAUUUAGUUCCUCUUCAGUAAGAAGCUUGGGACACACUCAGCAAGAAGAAUCAGGAUCAAGCUCUUCCGAAAGAAAGAGGGUAGCAUUGCCAGCUGCUACCAUCUUUACCACUCCCUCCCUCCCCUCCUGCAUCUGCUGUCCAUCAUGGCUCCAAAGAUGAUCAGCAUCUUGCCCUCGCAGGUGGCCACUUGUGAAUAGGACCUCCAUACCUCCUCACAGGGAGAGGAGACACAACGGCGCCGGCCGGAAGAAUGUAGCUGGCUUCUAAUCAGAACCCUUCCCUAACUUGACCACCUGCUCCCGGGGCUCUUCAGGCCUGUGACGUGCAUACGCUCCCACAAACCCGGCUUUGGUUUUCAGCAUGUAGGUCUCAGAGAUGUCUCUUCCCUAGCUAGACUUCAGGACUAAAAUGACUUUCAAAAGGUGCUGGAUUGGAGUUUGUUCAGAUUUCUUAUUAACCACUAAUAUUAUUCACACCAAAGGCAAAGCAGUUCUAAACCAGCCGGUGCUGUUGCUGUUCACAUUUUCGGCGACUUUAACGCAGUGAAAGGGCUUCAGUGGGAGCUGAGUCUCAGAAGCAAAAACCCACGGUAUAAUAGCUCUUUGAUGUAUCAGAUGUGGGAUGACUUCUAGGGGACGUAUUUGAACAAGGAGAAUUAAGAGCUAGCAAAAAUGCUGCAUUGCUUCGAUUCAUGUGCUUAAAGACCGAAAUUUCUAUGCACAAGGAAUAAAGGGCCCAUUCACCAGUGUAAGUCACGACAUAGGCUACCAAGGUGGUUUUUAUCUGCUGGGAGAACGUAGCUGUCAUAGCACAUAAUGACUGGGCAGAGAAGGAUGAGAAAGAAGAAAAUUCGGAUUUUUGAGACCGUUAUGUCCUGUUUAUCAUUAAUGCCAAGAUCUGAAAAUGUUCAGUGCGGUGUACCUUACAAGUGAGGUACCCUUAACAGCCUGGAGAUGCUGUCAGUUUGCAGGCCUUUUUUUUCCCCCCUGGGGAAUCCAAGCUUUGUUCCCUGUGCAUGGUGAAUAAUUGAAUCCAAGAGGACCCAGCACAGACACCGUGGGGGGUUACUUCUGCCGUCCUUGUCUUCUGGGCCAUAUUGUUCAUUGUUAAUUUCCAUAGAGGACUUACAAACAACACCCCACGAGUCGGGUAGAAAGGUAGAUGAAAAAGCUGCACUAGCUACAUACAGUUUAUUAUUCUAAUGUAAGUAGAACUAUCUGCAUAUAAUGUGAUUUAAUUUAUUAUUGUUUUGUGUAGAAAAUGAGAAUUAAUGACUGUGGAUAUAACCCCUGUUUUGUAUAAUAUAUUUUAUUUCUGGUGCAAACUGGUCAUUUAAAAUAUCUACUUUAGUUGGUGUUUGGAUAUAAAUGUGUAUGUGUUCUUGUAAAUGUUUCUGUUAAGCAAGAAUGCCACAUGCUCACAGUGUAACAAUGUGUUCUCAUUAAAAGAUACAUCCCACAGAAA